AUGGAUGUGGAUAACGAAGUUUUGAUAGCCUUGGUAUUUGAUAAACAACCUUUAUGGGACAAAAGAAAUAAGUUCCAUAGCAACAGACAUAUCACCGAUAAGUGUUGGAAAGAGAUUAGUUUGGAAAUGAAACUGGAUGAAAAUAAAAUAAGAAAACGAUGGAAAUAUCUGAGGGAUCAAUUCGCCGUAGAGUUAAGAAAGAUUCCACCUUCUCGCUCUGGAGAUGAGGCGAUUACAGAUUGUCCUAAGUGGCCCUAUUUUAAGUCCUUACUUUUUCUAAGACAAGUUGUGAAGGCACGAGCAACCACUGGAAGUUUGACGUGUCGAAGAUCUUUAUCAGGUAGUGCAGACCAAGAUGGUGAAAUAGAAGAUACCCAAAGUACGAAUGACAAUGAUUUUUCUCCUCUACCUUCACCACGGAACACGGAAGAUGGCAAUGAGACUGACCAACCAACAGUGUCUCCUGCGAUGUUAACUUUUCAAACCGCUUCAAAAAGGCCUAAAAAGUCACUCGAUCACAAAAUUUUGGACAUUGAACGUCAAAAACUCAUAUUUUUACAAGAAAAGGAAAAAUCUCGACAGAAUCGAAGAGACGCAGACAAUGAACAUCUCUUAUUUUUUAAAAGCCUGUUACCACACAUUGACAAAAUACCUCAACAUAUGCUACUCAGUUUUAGAAACCGCAUUCAAAGUGUCGUCGACGAGUUUGCGUAUAGAUCUUUGCAUUAUGACAAUCCAAGCUCAAUGAAAAACGACUCUCAUUAA